CAAGGAUAUCAACAAUAAAAUGUCAAUAUUUGUAUAUUUUCAAUCUGAUCGAAGUCUUAUCUCUCAGGUUUAGGACAUUAAUAUUAAUACAUGUAACUUGUGUAUGUACGAUUUCAGAAAUUCCACUAAGGGACAUCACGAAACAAUAUGGAACCAGAAAAGGUAACGAUGCUCAGGUACAGAGGUUCGAGAUUGAGUAAAGUAAAGAAAUUGGACAUUUUUCCAAAAGUAGAGGAACCUUUCAAAGAAACCUCAUCUGUUGGUGGCACCUUUUCCAUAAUAAGUUUCUUACUCAUCUUGUGGCUGGUAUAUUCUGAAGUAAAUUAUUAUUUGGAUAGCAAAUUCAUUUUCAAAUUUUCACCUGACGUGGAACUGGAUGAACAGUUGAAAAUAAAUGUUGAUAUAACAGUAGCUAUGCCAUGUCACUUUUUAGGAGCAGAUAUACUAGAUUCAACAAAUCAAAAUGCUUUCAAAUUUGGAGCACUGGAGGAAGAAGAUACAUGGUUUGAGCUGGCACAAAAUCAACAGAUCCAUUUUGAAAACAAAAGGCACUUUAAUUCAUAUCUUCGUGAAGAAUAUCAUGCUGUCAAGGAUUUAUUAUGGAGGAGUCGAUUCUCCACACAUUUCGGCGACUUGCCGGCGAGAAAUGAUAAACCGGACAGACCCUUCGAUGCUUGCAGGAUUCAUGGUAGUCUGAUCCUUAACAAGGUAGCUGGUAACUUUCACAUAACUGCAGGUAAAAGUUUGCAUUUGCCAAGGGGUCAUGUUCACAUAAAUGCUUUCAUGUCUGAAAGAGACUAUAAUUUUUCACACAGGAUCAAUAAGUUUAGUUUCGGAGAUCCAAGUCCUGGUAUUGUCCAUCCAUUAGAAGGAGAUGAGUUGGUUGGAGCUUAUGGUCGUACGUUAUUCAAUUACUUUAUUGAAGUUGUACCAACUAAUGUGGAUACGUUCUUGACAUCGGUGAAAACUUAUCAGUAUAGUGUAAAGGCUCUCAGCAGACCAAUUGACCAUGAUAAAGGCAGUCAUGGUAUUCCUGGAUUGUUUUUCAAGUAUGAUGUGUCUGCCCUACGUGUAACUGUUAAGCAAGAAAGGGAUAAUUUGGGUGUAUUUCUUGCUAGAUUGUCUUCGAUCGUGGGAGGAAUAUUUGUUUGUUCAGGUAUAGUCAAUAGAAUCGUUCAGUUUUUGAUAGACUGUGUAAUGUGCAACUGGACUUCUAAAUUUUUUAAAAAACACACUGAUAACCAAGUGAAUGAUAAAGCGUCCUUGAUUGAUGGUGUUUCUACACAACCAUUACAAGUAUUAUAGUACUGAUUUUGUUAUCAGUUUUUGUUUGUUUUUCAUUAUACACCAACUUGUAUAUUAAAUUAUUUUUACAA